UCUCUUGAUUUAUGUAAAGUCUUCUUCCGUCUGAACCACAGUCAAAGAAAGAGCUUCCUCUUUUGAUGUAGUUGGACAAAAGGAAAUUUCGGUAGAGAGUCACAUAGUUGGCGUGGGGGGGAAAGUUUAUUACUUUGCUUUUAAGGAGAGAGAAGCCUCAGCCAAGCAGAGUGUCCUGCAAGUAUGUGCUGAAGUUUGAGCUGGAGUUUACCAAGCUAGUCGGAGAUGUAUUUUCCGGGUCAACAAGCAGCGAGUGGAACUGGUUACCAAGUGGAGGUUGUUCAAGGAGCCAUUGAGGAUCAGCAGGAUGACGCCAUCGUAUGUCCUAUGAUUGGCCAUGAUUCUCUCUCUUCUCGCAUUGGAAAGACUUUGAGCAAUAUAAUUGGAGACCAGCUGGAAGAAAAGUUUAGGGAAACAGAAAAGGCGACUCUGCCAAGUGAAACAGUUGUGGUUGAAGGGCUACCUGGUCUUAAAUGUAAAGCAGUCAUCUUCCUCAACCUCAUCUCCUGGCAUAAUAACGAACACGAAACUGCAGUCCAGGCGCUACGACAGGGAAUCAAACGGAUUCUGGUUAUCUGUAAAAUCAGAGGCUACCGCUCAGUCGCUCUGCCGGUCCUUGGGACUGGCGCUCUCUUACGCUUUCCACACAAAAUUGCUUCCACAAUUCUUCUGGAGGAGAUUGGUGCAUAUGGACAAAACCGGACCGAGAAGACAUCCUUCCGAGUUCGAAUCGUUGUUUACCCAAAGGACAAAGAAUCGAGCCGGGCCUUUAAGUGUGCCCAGGGUGUGUUGCUUCAAAAAGGAUACAUAAGCCAUGUUGAUUUAGCUGAAGGUUCCUUUUACCAAUGUGUGUCUGUAAUCGAUGGCGAGGUCACAGCCAUGAUCGGCGCAGUCAAACUUCAGCUCGUCUGCGGUGACAUCGUCAACGCAGGAACUGAUGUCAUUGUCAACACGACCAACUUUACAAAACUAUUGUUUGGCGUCUCCAAAGCCAUUCUGGAAGCAUCAGGCCCUGCUGUCCAUGCUGAGUUGCUACAAGUGCUUUCACUGGGCACUCCGGAAGACCUCAUUUGCUCAACAUCAGCUGGGCAGCUUGGAUGCAAACAAAUUGUCCAUGCCAGUUUCAAGGGCAGCACCCAGAGGAUCCGCAGCACUUGCAAAAAAAUCCUGCAGCUCUGUGAGAGCAAAGGAUAUGGCUCAGUGGCCUUCCCAGCCAUUAACACAGGACAGGCCGGUAUGGUCUUUGGUGAAUCUUGUAAAGCCAUGCUGGACGGCAUGUCUGUGGCUAUCAAGGAGAUGAAUCCAGAUUUCGUAUCUCUGAUCCGCAUCGUCAUCCUGGAAAAGCAGGUCUUUCAGGCGUUCAGAUCAGAGCUGGAGAGUCGCUGUCAGCAGGGUGACGUUCAGAGCUGGUUCAGCUUUCUAGGCUUCUCUAAACAACCAAGCAAGAAAAUACUGGACAUGUAUUUAGGAAGCUCAUCGUCUACAUCCCCACAAGACCAAACGGUUGAGUUUCCAGAGGGAGCAAAGUGGGCGAUUGAAGACGAAAGUGGAGAAUUGCUGGAACUCAGCCUGCUUGACAAGGAAGCAGACGUGAAGAGAGAAUUGUCUUUGGAUAUGUCGACAAAAGAUGGCAAACAAUUCACAGUAAACUUAAAAGCCAGAGAAGCGACAGAGUGUUUGACAGGCAAAUCGUACGAAAUGAAAAACGUGGCAACUGAGCCUGACAGUGUGGCUUCUCCUUUGUCGCUGGAGUUACCAACACAUUGGGAACCUAUGAUCGGGCAGCUCUUUAAAAAGGUAGAGUUGGACCCUAAAUCGGCAGAGUACCAGGAAGUGGCCAACGAUUUCCAUAAAACUACUUCCUACAACAUUCACAAGAUUGAGCGAGUGCAGAACGUCUACCUGUGGCACACCUUCAACGUCUGCCGGCGCCGAAUACUUUCCAAGAACGGUGAAACAGACCUGGGUCUAAAGUUUCUCUUCCACGGCACAUCUGCAAAAUCAUGCGAAAUCAUCGAAAGAGACCGAUUCGACAGGAGUUACGCAGGACAGCAUGCUGCAGCAUUCGGAAAGGGGGUGUACUUUGCUGUCAAUGCAAAGUACUCAGCCACCAAAUUCUCCCCACCAGACGAAUCGGGCCUAAAGCGGCUGUACAUGGCUCGUGUUAUUACUGGCCGCUACACUGUUGGUAGUUCCACCAUGAAGGCCCCCCCUCCUCGAGGUGCAGACCCUACCGACUGCUUCGACAGCUUGGUAAACUGUCAGGAUCAGCCUGUCAUCUUUGUUGUCUUCCACGACGACCAGGCCUACCCAGAGUACCUCAUCACCUUCAUCAUGACCCCAAUGGUGUGCGCAAACUCGCCAUGCAAAAUUGUCGUGCCAGCUGAUUUCCAAACAGCCAGAGCCGCGUUCAGGUGCGGCUGGCAAAGCGGAAUAAACUCCCAAGUUUAUUCGUCUUUAUCCGUCACCAUGGACGCUUCUUACAAGUUUCCCGUCUUCUUUGACUGCGACCGUUUGAACGACGAACAGAAGAAGAAGAUAGAAAAUCAUUUUCAGAUUCGGCGCAAAUCGGGCGGCGGAGAGAGCUGCGGGUUGACAGAAGUCUGCGGAAAAGUUUACAGCAUUGCUUUUAAAGAUCAACAAGCUCAACAAAGAGUCCUGCAGAAAUCUAAGCAUGUUGUGGAUUUCGCUGGCGUUACCAUAGAGCUGAUUGUGCGAGACAAUCCCGGACCCGCCUCUGGUGACACCUCUCCGCCUUCGGACCAGUCAGCCAACCCGAACCUGAAUGCAUCGACCGCAUCUCCGACACAGCUGUCCGGUAUUCCUCCAAAACUGCCACCAAGUAAUGAAGAAUAUGAGCUAAAGCUCGACUCGUAUCUUCUCCGUUUCCUCAAGGAAUCUCCAAAAGCCAAAGGAGAACUACACAGUCAGCUGGCCUUACUUUCCUGCACCGCUGAGCUCCAACCACAGGAGGAAAGAGUUUUAGUCAGCCGAGUAGCUCAGCCAGGUGCCGCAGCUGAACCUAAUGACUGGAAAUCAGAGGUGAACCAACUGUUUGAUGUCUACAUGUGCCACUAUGAGACAGACUCUCACAAAGUCAAAGCCUUGCUGCAGUCCUACAGCUCUCAUCAGCCUGCAGAUGAGGUGAAGGUGUACAGCGACAUUGGAAUGACUGUGGUUGUGGGAGAACGAAGCCAGGUGGAAGCAAAGCUAAGAGAUUUAGAGUCUCUCUACGUUAAAAAUAAAGGAUCUCGUCAAAGUGACAUACAAACCACUGUUCGUCGAAUCGGUGAGGCGAAACUGCGUCUCCUGUGGAAGGAGAUUGAAAGCAGUCUAGGGCAACACUUUCCAGCAUUGAAGGUCACACAGGCUGAUGAAGGUAAAAUAGCUCUAAUGGGGUCUGUGGAAGAAAUUCUCAAGGCCGGUGAAUUAAUUAGUGAAAAGGAGAAACGAGUGUUGGAGAGGACGAUUACUGACAAAAGCCUACAAUUCCUGGCAUUCUUAAAAAAUGUCUACGGUGGUCCCGGGAUACUUUGCGAGUUUUUGGGAGUGGCUAAGACGGUGGAAGCAGAAAUACGAGACACAACGCUACACUUCUUCUCUUUCAGUGCCGACAAUUUAGACGAGUCUGUGAAACUGGUCCAAAAAAACUUUAAGGAUGUCACGUAUGAUAUCCCUAACUACCCUGUUUUGCCACCGGAGCUUUGUGAAGCGCUUAAAUCCAAGGCAAACGAGAUUAACCAAACGCAGUGCAGAGCUAAUGUUGGGUUUGGUGCAGGUGGCACUGUGUGUUUGACCGGCCACUCGGUAGAGGUUGAGGAGCUGAGUGAAAUUGUAUCUCAGUUUAUCUUGGGCCAAGUAAGCGUUGAGGGAAACGUCCCGCUCCCCUUACCAGAAUUGCGUCCUCUUUUAACCGAGUUUCUGCAGAGACAGAGAUUUGACUAUUCCGGCGUUACUUUAGCUCCUGUUGCAUCAUCUAGUCCCAUGGUGCUGCUUGUAGGUCCAUCCAUCAAAGUGACUGAAGUCAAGAAUAGACUGAAUCGACUUCUUCAAUCUGUGGUGUUGAACAAAGUGACCAUUGACCUGCCAGGGGCAGCGAGAUAUUUUAGUGGUCACUCUGGAAGAGAUAUGCUCUUAAAGGUUGCAGAUUCUCAGAAGUGUCUCAUUCAGCCCGAGGAACAGCUGCACUUGAGCAGACCGAUGACUCGUCUUGCUAAAUACAAUCUUCAGCCUGGGCUGCAGGUGAUAGUUUAUCAGGGUGACAUAACAAAACAGAAUGCAGAUGGCAUUGUAAACGCCGCCAAUGAAGAUCUGAACCACAUCGGUGGUGUUGCUGCUGCUCUGAGUAAAGCAGGUGGUCCUCAGGUGCAGAAAGAAAGCAGAGCAAUUGUGAAAGGGAAUGGAAAGGUUCCUGUUGGUGAUGUAGUGGUAACUACAGGGGGCGACCUGAAGUGCAAGAGCCUGCUCCAUGCUGUUGGACCGGAAAGUGGAAAAGCUAGUGGCAGGGAGAGGAGCUUACUGGAGAAAACUGUUAGCAACGCUCUGAAGUUAGCCGAACUGAUGGAGUUCAAGUCUAUAGCCCUGCCGUGCAUCAGCGCAGGCAUUUUUGCCGUUCCCAUCAAAGUUUGCUCUGAGGCCAUCGUAACGGCCAUCAAGGAGUUUGGUAGUCAGGACGGGCGAAGUCUUAGCAAAAUCAUUCUGAUAGAUAAAAGGGAAGAAGUGGUGAGGGCCAUGCAGGAAGCAUGUGACCGCCUUCUGCCAGGGAAAGAUCUUAAAAUCAAGCCGGACGUUGCUGACCAAGAAGGAGAAAGCGGCGCCACUGCUGUAGCUCCUGUACAAGUUCAGAUUGUUAAGGGAACAAUUGAGAACCAACAGGCGGAUGCCAUUGUGUCUCCUAUGAUUGGCCACGAUCCCAUGUCUACACGCAUAGGAAAUAUUUUACACACAAAUGUUGGACCACAGCUGGCAACAAUGUUCUACCAGGAAGCAGGAGGGGCAACACUGCCAAGUGACACAGUUGUAGUUGAGGGGGUACCUCAUGUCAAAUGUAGAGCAGUCAUCUUUCUCAACCUGCAGUCUUGGGAUAACAAACAAGAUGGACCUGCAGUUGGGGUGCUGCGGCAGGGAAUCAGGAAUAUACUGAAUGAUUGUAGCAACAAAGGCUACAGUUCAGUUGCUCUUCCAGUGCUGGGAGCUGGAGCUCUCCUGAGUUUUCCACACAACGUGGCGUCUAGGAUUCUUCUGGAGGAAAUUGGUGCCUUCGAACAAAAGCGGACCAGCGGUUCACCUUUCCUGGUCAGAAUUGUUGUCCAUCCUACAGACAAAGAUUCAAGCAAGGCACUCCAGUCUGCCCAGGGAUCGCUGCAUCUGAGAGGAUUUACAAAUGAUGUUGAUCCAACUCAAGCUUCCUUUUACCGGCAUGUCUCCAUGAGUAAGGAUGAGGUCACGGCCAUGAUGGGCGCGGUCAAGUUACAGAUCAUCCACGGUGACAUUGUGGCUGCAGGAACUGAUGUUAUUGUCAACACAACUGACUUCACUAACUAUCAGUCUGGGGUCUGUAAGGCCAUUUUGGCAGCAGCAGGGUCGGCAGUCCUUCAAGAAUUAACGACAGUGGGCACUCCUCCAGGCAACUUCUGCACAACACAACCUGGACUUCUUGGGUGCAAGGAAAUCGUCCAUGCUAGCUUUAAAUCCGACUGUGACGUGGUCCGCAAGAACUGCAAAAAGAUCCUGAAGCACUGCGAGAGCAAAGGAUUCGGCUCCGUGGCGUUCCCAGCCGUUAAUACAGGACUGGGUACAUUGACUCCUAAACAAGCUGCCACAGCGAUGCUGGACGGCUUGGCUUCAACCAUCAGGGACAUGAAUCCUACCUCUCUGUCAGUCGUCCGCAUCGUCAUCCUGGAACAACCCGUUUUCCAUGAUUUCAGAUCAGAGCUGGAGAAUCGCUUCGGAUGGAUUGUUAAGAGCAACCUCAGCCUCAAAGACAAAGCCAGACAAAGGCUAAAGAAGAUCCAUGAAAAGUAUUCGAGACUGACAACAUUCUCAUCCAAACCAGACGAAACCAUCUCUUCGAAGCCCGAGUCAAUAGUUUUGCGGGUAAUCAGCUGUGGUCCAGACGUCGCCAAGAACGUCAAGAAAGAGUUGGAGUCGAUUGUGCAGAAAGAGCUCAUAGAGAGAACAGUGUCUAUGGAUUCUGUCUCCAAGCUAGACGCUAUGGAAGUGGAAGCAGUGCAGGCGAAAGUCAAUCUAACGGGAAUAAGCGUAGAGCCCAGAACAGUCGAUACUGGUAGAUCCAGGGGAAGAAUCGGGUCGAGCAAAAAAGAGUACGUCCUGAAAGGUUUAAAGGAAGAUGUCUUGAGUGUCACCGAGUUAAUAAGCAAAGCAGUUCAGAAAGUACUUGAAGAAGACUUCAAAGACAAGGAAGAGGCAAUGUUGGCUCUUACCAUCCAGUGGGCGAUGAAAGAUGACAAUGGAGAAUGGCAGGAGCUGAGCCUGAGUGAUAACUACAUGCUGGAGGAAGCUCACAUACAGAAAAAAGUGUGUGUGGACCUGGAGACGCCUGAAGGCAAGACUCUCAAAGUAAACUUGAAGUCUCAAGACGCCACAGACUGGACAACUGGCACAACAUAUAAACUGAAAAGGACAGAGUGUGAAGCUCUGGAGUUACCGUCGCACUGGGAACCUAUGCAACACGAAGUCUUUAAAAAGGUGGAGUUGCAGCCAAACUCCAAUGAAUACCAGAGUGUAGCAAGUGACUUCCUCAAAACUGCCAACUAUACGAUCCAUAAAAUCGUACGUGUGCAGAACCUGUACCUGUGGAACGCCUACAGCGUGUGUCGCCAGCGUAUACUAGCCAAGAACGGCCAAGCAGAACUCGGUGAAAAGUCUCUGUACCAUGGCACGUCUGCGGAGUCGUGCAACUGCAUUGAAAAAGACCGAUUUGACAGGAGUUAUGCUGGAGCACAUGCUGCCGCAUACGGAAAAGGAGUUUACUUUGCCGUCAAUGCUGAUUACUCUGCAAACCGUUUUUCUCCACCAGACCAAUCAGGAAUGAAGCGAAUGUACGUUGCUCGCGUUCUCACCGGCCGUUACACACAGGGUAAUAAGUCCAUGAAAGCUCCCCCCGCCCGAGGUGCAGACCCCACUGACUGCUUCGACAGUUUGGUGGACAAACAGCAGCAGCCAACAAUGUUCAUAGUCUUCCAUGACGACCAGGCCUACCCAGAAUACCUCAUCAUCUUCAGCUGAGCAGGAACAUGCAGUUCCUUUGGAUAUCCCUUUGCCUGUAAAUGUAAAGCACUGGGACAUUUGGUUAACGUUCUUUGGUUUGGUUGUUUUUUUGUUGUAUCUUAUGGUGAGAUGUGUUCAGAUCUAUGCAAAUCAAUAAGAAUGCUUUGUAGGAUAUAGGUAAGGAUUCUAGACAUUUGUCAAAAACAACUUCUAUAGAAUCUUUAUUAGGGUACAAUAAAAUUGGCGCUGUCAGCUGUAGUUGGGUAGAACUACCAGAACUUGUUCUCCUACUGGAUAGAAAAUACAUUCAUUGGAGGUAAAUGUUGAUUUGUCUUUUUUAAUUAAAGUCACUAUCUGUAAUGACAGAGUAAAUCAACAGAAAAAUGUUUCCUCUUAAAAAGUUGUUGGAGAAAUUGAUGCAUUCCACGUUUCAAUAAAGGAAAUGUUGAAUCAUUUUUAGCUUUGUAAAGUCAUUAAUUUGUUAUUAAUGUUUUUAACUGACAGAUUGCAGUAAAUGUAAUUAGCUAAAGUUGAAUGUUUUCGUCACAGAGAAAACUCGGCUCAUUUCUGUUUUUUUAACCCUCUUAAUUUUCCCGAUGAUUGUUUGUAAGUUUGGUAUAAUGGCAAUUUAAAUGCCCAUUGUAUUUUAGGACAUAGUCCAAGAACUACUGAUCUAUUCUAAUUGUUAUUCUAUAUUGGGAGCAGAUAGUCAAAAUGGAGUCCUCCACAAGGAUGGAUUUUUCUUUCUCAUUAGUUUUCUUAUCAGUGCUUUUACUCCAAACUCAUAAUUGCACUUACAAGAAAAGUUAGUUAAAAGUAAAAGUUUAAGCAGCACGGUAUGUGUUUACACUUUCUUUAAUUGAAAUUCAUGUAUGUGUCGAACACAAUCUUUGUUGUUUGGUUUUUGUUGAGAAAUGUGAAACGGGCUAUUUUGAUUUGACAGCAAAGCCAGUGUAACAAUCAACAUGUUGAAAAUUGGGAAAUACAAAUGUUUGCCUGAUUACUAGUUAAAUCAUGAUUUAGGUCAUUAAUAUCUAGCACUGGAAUUUUAAUGAUUUUGAACCAAGUUUGACUUAAAGCAAUAUUUCAUACACAGAAUUUUAUUAACUGUUUUUCACUGUAAUGUACAGUAAAAUUCUCACCUUUCCAUGCUAAAUAAACAAACAUUCAAACCUCAA